AUGCUUCUCCGACGAGCUGCAAAGGCACGCAUUAGCAGGAUGGUUGCACCGAAAGUCAGGAGGAAGGACUUGUCUUGCCCUGAGUAUGUCAAGCAGGAAUGGGAAAAUGGCGACCGGAAUGCUAUGGCAGACUUACUUCAAAAGGACGAGUUUUGCAACCAACUUUUGGUGUUGGUGAAAAGAAAAAAGAAAGUAGAACUGACUAUCGACGAGGGCUGGCACAGCGAAGCUGAUAUGCGGGAGCUUGGUUGGUCUACGUCUUUGUCUCAGAAUUUCAAAGCCUGGGAGAGACCCACAUUGGCUCACUUCCAAGUGUCUGCCUGGUGCAGGCGGAAUGCGUAUGAUGGAGAAAUGGAGUUUUGGAUCAUCACCCGGGAGGCCGAGAAAGAUCCAACUUCGACCCUUGGAACUGACUUUGCUGAAUUGGAUGCCGCAGGGAAGAGAGACGAAAACAUGAAGACAAACAAAAUGGACAGACCUGAGAUGACCAAGUAUUUUCAGACAAAAGAGAGCCUGAAAAAGUUUCUCCAGUCCAUGGUGAGCAAGUCCGGGAAGCUACGGGCUUUGGUUCGUGAUCUCAAGAAAUCUUAUGAGGAGAGUGCCAUUCAGAAGUGCGUUGACACCUUGAACAAGGACAUCGCUGAAGUUGACAAACACUAUGAUUUGUGCAAUGAUGCGUGGGCCAAAGGGGAAGUAGAUGACUUCACUGGUGAAAAGUGGUAUACCAAAGCCGAAGAAGCAAUGAAGAAUGCGACCUUCGUGAAUGCCAAGAAGUACUAUGAGAAGAAGCAGGAUGGUGACGCUGAUGACACCAGCCCCUCUGGCAGGGCGCCAAAGACUGAGAAAGGUGAGAAGGUCAAAAAAGCCUCUUGCGCUGCAGCUGUCCGGGCAGCUCAAGACAUUGUGGCGGAUAUAGGUGUGGAAGCAGCUUCACGGUCCGGAGGUCUUUUGGAGCUUUCUAGAAAAAGGCCCAAGAAUGGAGAAAGGGAUUGCCAGCACUUGAUGGCCAAGAAACUUCGCCUGUCACUUCCCAUAGCCCAGCACUACUUGGAUACAAAAGAUGACUCGUUGAAACUGCCUUUUCUUCGCUUCAGAGAUUGGUUGAGUUUCCUCUUGAAGCACAACUGCCUACACAUUUUGUGUGGGCUGGUGAAGCCCAAUCCAGACCGGCAAGGUGACAUCUUUGAAGCAUUUUGGAGGCGGUUUGCCAUCCACCAUCCUGACCACCCAGUGAUUCAGCGUGCUGAACGUGGAGAGAUCAGUCUUCGAAGGACAGUGCCACUCCUCCUUCAUGGAGAUGAAGGAAGGUCAAAAAAACGUUCUCCAUUUCUUGUUUGCAAUCUCCAUUCGCCCCUAGGUCGUGGAGUUGAAGCUGGCUUGCAGGAGGGACGUAGGAGAGAAUACUUGAAGAUGCUUCCCAACUUUACGGGCCACAGUUACACAAACAGGUUUUUGGUUUCGUGCCUGCCGAAGCAAGAUUAUUGUGGGAAGAACAGUUUCGUCUUCGACAUCCUCAUGCAAACAAUCGCUGAAGAAUUACAUCACUGCGCAAGUGAGGGUGUGCAACAUGAGGGCCAGCGCUACUUGGCAGUGUGCAUUGGCAUUGUCGGCGAUUGGCCGUGGCUUUGCAAAGCCGGAGGGCUACAGCGCAGUUUCAUGAAUGUCAACAAGCACAAAGAGGAUGCUGGUGGACGCAGGCGGUCAGAGUGCCGUGGUGUCUGCCAUUUGUGCAGAGCGGGGCAACCUGAUUGGCCUUAUGAACAAAUAGGGUCAAGAACGCCACUCUGGGAGGCAACAAUGCUGACACAGUCUCCGUUUCAGGGGCCAUGUUGCCUUGAAAUCAUUCCGCACUGCCCUGGAAAAUUUCCAGAUAUGUUCAAGUUUGACGUUUUCCACACGUGGCAUUUGGGAGUGGGCAAAAACUUUUUGGGAGGAAUGUUGGCUCUGCUGAGUGAACUCGAAGAUGGUUCCAAUGUUGAUGUUCGCUUUGAACAGCUGAGUGCGCGAUACAAGGCAUGGUGUCGUCAAAAUGGGAAGACAGCCUACUGCCAACGCAUCACCAAGGAGCACUUGAACUGGAUAAGCAAGAGUCAUUACCCCACUGGAAGCUGGCACAAAGGAGACCUCACCACUACUUUGAUGCUCUGGGUUGAAUCCCGGUUCCAUGCAGAGCAGUGGCAAGAUGAGAUGCUGGCGUUGGCCGGGCAGGCUGCUGUGGCAAUCAACAAGGCCGUACGGUUGAUGUACACUUCUGGCGCUUGGAUGGAGCAAGCUACGGCCCGGGAAUGUGCAGACUUGGGUUUGCGCUUUUUGAGAAGAUACAACAGCCUGGCUUUGCUGGCACAUGCUCAGAACAAAAGAUUGUGGCUGGUGAUGCCGAAGGCACACGCAUUACACCAUCUUUUUUUGCACCUUUUGCAGCAAUCCAAUGUUGGCCGCUGCUUUAAUUUGAUUUGCACUUCGGUACAGCAAGAUGAAGAUCUCAUAGGGCGCAAUUCAAGACUUAGUCGACACGUUAGCACAUUGACUUGUGCACAGCGUGUUAUGGAGAGGCAUUUGCAAGCCUGUUAUGCUCAGUAUGUUGAAGCUGGGUACUUGGUGUCAGUUGGGUCCAGUUGA